UAACUUGUUUAUGCUAUUUGUAUGCCUAUUUUCAAUUAAUUUUGCGGUUUUAAGUGACAGUUAAUAAAAUAUUUCGAAAUAUGGCUUCUAAGAGGUAAGUUUUUAUUAGUUUUUCGAGAUAUUAUUGUUUAUUACUUAUAGCUUUAUUGAGACGUAAGUACAUAUUAGUCAAUAAAUGGGAAAUAAAGUAUCUUACAAGAGUUUUUUAUAUCAAUUUUGAUCUUGAAACUUUAUGGUCGUUUAAACGCCCAGUAGGAGAAUCAACGUCUGUUAUGUUUUCCAGGCCGCGCUAUAUGAAACCGUUGAGAUUGAUUGAAAUUAUCGAAGAUCUGGAGUGUAUUGACGAUAACGAUCAAUUGCCAAGUGGCGUAGCUAUUUUACCACCUGAAAAUGCGAACGCUGAUGUAACUGAUGAGGAUUCUGGAGGCGAAGAAGUUGUAACUUGGCAUAAUCUUCUAGGUUCUCAGCUGAAAGCUCAAGCGGACCUGAUAUAUUCAGACGACGAAUCUUUUGACAUUGAACAUGAAUUGCCUUUGUCUACGAUAGCCAAAAGAAGAUGUACAGGCAUUGUAUCUAUUGAUGAAGCUGCGGAUCCCCCGGAACAGAUUAUAUCAAAUGUCACUGCACCUACCGAAUGUGAUACACCUCUUAUAGCCGUGACAGUGCCACGUAAUCAAAAAUAUCAGUGAAGGAACCGUCACAAUGCACAUAGAUUCCCAGAGAGGCAAAAAAUCGAGAUUGAGCUGACCAAAAUAUAGGACCAGCAUCAGGGGGAAAAAUGGUAUUUUCCAUUGCUGUGUAAUUGCCUCGACAUGGCUGUUCACAAUGCUUGGCAGUUGUACAAGGCUGAUAGUGGCGAAUAUUAUCAUCUGACUUAUCGCGGGGCGGUAGCAAGAAGCUUACUGGAGAACUCUGGAGACGUAUCAAAAACCGGAAAAGCGUGGUCCACGUCCAACGUCAAGAAACUAUCGUGAAACGUCCCGUUAUGACAGAAUGGAGCAUCUGGUGGAAUAUAAAGAAAAUCAGCUGAGGUGUGCUGUAUGCAAGAAAAAAACUAAUUAUUUUUGUAAAAAAUGUACUGUUUCUCUGCACCCCAAAGCAUGUUUUCUUACAUAUCACACUGCCGAAUAGUAGAAAUAUUAUCAUAUUACAGUUAAAAUGUUUAUGUUGCAAAUAAAAGUGCGCAAGAAAACUUAAAUUGUAUUUUAAUACAGCUAUAUUUCCUUGUGUAUGUUAGUAGUGGAUAUUCCUACUGGGCGUUUAAACGGCCAUGAUUUUCCCGCUUUCCCAGAAGAGAUAGAUUUUAUUCACUAUUUUUCCGAAGACUUUGGCACCACAAUAAAACACAUAUUGAAAAAUUACGAAAUCCGGAGACCAUAAAUAGUUUCAGGAGUAACUGGGUUAA